UCCAACGAUAUUUCCGGAAACAGAGGCAUACAAAGCUUCAAAGAAAGCUCCACUAAAUCCCAACGACCUUGGACCAGGGAAGCACAACCGAGCGAAGUAUGGCGCAUAUUCUAAUAGGAACCAGAAACCGGACCCAUAUUCAUCAUGUGUGGAAGAGCCAGAUGUCUGUGAAGAAAUGUCUUGUGAACAGUCGCCUGUUCGGAUCAGUGAUCCUGAAUCACAUUUUGAUAAUGUGUAUUCACAGUCAUCACAGACAUCUGAGACUACAUCUUGCUGCUUUGCAUUCCGUGGCAAAUGCAAACCGCAAGCAGGCUGAGACCAGACAGGGGGAAAAAAGAUACAGACUCUCCUAUCCUAAGUACAAGGCUGGACACCAUGUGGUUAAAGCAGUUAAAGAGAAUUGCACUUAUGACUAUGUUGAUGAACUAAUGGCAGGGCUGCUUAGGAUGAAAGGAGUACAAGAGCGAUGCCAAUGCAAGGGCUGCCUCUGGCAACAUUCUGUUUUCACCGCCACCCCUGUCUUCAUCUGCAAACAGAAUCCUGAAGUCAGAGGCUGUGCAGAACCAUCGUUCGCGAUUUAAUUAGCGAACAGGGAUGGACAUUAGUGGUUGCCCGUUUUGUUGUAUAGUUAUCUAUUACUUUUAAAGAAAGUAUUGGUUACACAUGACACUACAUGUACAUAGUACUGGGCGCGUUAAGGCUUACGAUGGGAAACCAAAAAACUAUAGAUGGUUGUCCAUGUGGGAAACCAACUGUAAAAUGUUAGUUUCCAUCCCUGGCGAGCAAAAUCCAAUGUAUGAGUCGUAUGGAAAUCUCUGGCGAAUGGCUGCCACAGCGCUUGACGGAAGAGGUCGUCGGUCCUUCUUGCUCAGACGGUGCCAAAUCCAAGGAGCCAGUCUUCUAUAUGCAAUGUAUCUGUAUACUCUGAAGUUAUAAAUGUAUAAGGAUACCAUUAUGAUAAAUAUUAGUAUGUUUAGUAAAACAAAGGUACUUUUCAACCUGACAAUUACACAAGCCAUGCUGUAGCAGAUUCUUACUUAAGUUUACAGUUUAACAAACUUAUUCAGCUUGAAUAUAAUAUUAUAUAAUAUAUAUUUUACUGAAAAUAUGUCAGAAAUCAGAUUUUGUAAGCAACUUCACAUCAUGUUGUAGCAGGUUGUUAUUGUAGUGUACUUAUGAAAAAAUUAAACAGCUUGUAUUUAUAUUUUUAUUUCAAAUGUUGAAAAAUAAUAAUGAACUGGCAUUUGUAAGUAACCAAAAAUCAUUGUGUAGCAAAUUGAUACUUCAUUUUACAAUUA